AAUAGUUUGUCGAAGCGAACUUCAAUAAUUUAUGAUGAAAACAACAAAUUUAUGUGUGUACAAAUAUCUGCUUUUAGACCACAAACAUAACGCUUGUGGCAAAAACAAAACAAAAAUAAAGAAAAAACUGCUGCAAACUGCUCAAAAAUAUGAAGUGAUAACCCCGGCACUAAAGUGGAUGCACAAGCAACAGAUAAGAAAGGCGGUAUUAGUUGAAAACAUGCUGAUAAGACAUAGCAAAUACCAUCAAAUUGUGCAAAAUUUAAGUUUUAGAGACAGUACAAUUUUAGACAACGUAGCGUAAAGAUCGCAGUAAAACGCAGAGGAUAUAAAUAAUUCUUAAAUUAUUUUUUUCUUAUAUUAAAGUACUUAAUUAGAAAUAUGGCGAGUGCGAUUGGAAAUCCUUUGAAGAAAGUCUUGCGGCAACGCAUGAAGACCGAAGUCAUACCGGCAAUUAGCGCCGAUUCGAUAGUGGAGCAAUCGAAGGCAAUUUACGAGAAGGUAAUCGCCUCGGAGGCAUUUCGUCAGGCGAAAGAUGUGAGCGUAUACCUCAGCACUGGCAGCGAAGUGGACACUUUAGCGCUGCUGCGUGAGCUCUUCAAUCAGCAGAAGAACGUGUUUGUGCCCACCUACAAUGGCAAACUGAUGGAAAUGGUGCGCGUUAAAGACUGGGCUGACUAUGAGUCAUUGCCGCUGACCAAAUGGCAGAUUAAACAGCCAAGCAUUAAGGACGGACGUGAGAGCGCGCUGACAAAUGGACGCGGCAUUGAUUUAUUCUUGAUGCCCGGUGUUGCGUUUACGCUAAGCGGUGGUCGCAUGGGUCAUGGCAUGGGCUAUUAUGAUGGCUUCUUACAUCGGCAUUUCGAAACUUAUCCUGAGAAGAAGCCAACACUGAUGGCGCUGGCAUUCCGCGAACAAAUCGUUGAUGAAAGCACUUUGCCACUGGAUCCACACGAUGUGCGUCUAACCACAGUGGUGACGCCUUAAAUUUGUGUUGAACUUUUGGACGCUUUCUAUGUUGGGUAUACUUAUUUUGUUGUAAAGACGCAAUUUAGUUAUGUAUGUAGGUAUAUUCUUAUUAUUUUUUUUUUUUUUGUAAUAAAAAAAGAGCGAUUUAACUUAAA